AAAAACAAAUACAUUAUUUUGUUCUGUUUCAUGAUCUACAGCAGCGGAUCUUCAUUAUUAGCAAUUAAUAAUAUUGUUAAAUCAUCAACGAAGAAGAUUAACACAAAAUAUGAACUUAAAGACUUAUUAGAUUUUGCCCAAGAACAUAGCAGUGAAUUGGGUAGUGCCUCACGAUCUGUCCAGCAGUCACUGGAACAAGCUGAAGCAAAUAUAAGAUGGUUGGAUAGAAAUUACAUCAAUAUUAGAGAUUGGUUACUGAAAAAUACUGCAGAAGAACAAUAGCAACUAUGAUAAUAUUAUCAAUAAUAAAAUUUCAAGAGUCUGA